AUGUGCAAAUGGUUAACUAAGGAUACAGCAUCUGUGAUACAGCUUUUUGUUCGGCUGGCAUGGCAUAUGAAAAGAUGUGCGAACGUUCUUCUCAUUAUUCUUCUCCAAGUGACGUAUGAAGCGGACCUGAGUGAAGAAAAAUGUGCAAGAAAAACUGUGCAGUGUGAGAUGAGUUGUACUUUUCGAGCAAAUCUCCAUGAAAAUGGAACUACCACGGAUCCAGAAGGACGUUGGCGAUCAUCGAACUUUCUAGAGUAG